AUGUCUGCCUCAAAGCCAGUGGAUGUUCUCCUCGGCACCCACACAAUCGGAGACGCCACCUUGAUGCCCGGAGUCAUCCACUUCGACAAAAAGGAAGACGUGGCUAGCCUUCUAGACGCCUUCCACUCCCACGGCUACAGACAAAUCGACACAGGCCGCAACUAUCCCGGCGCAGAGGAUCGCCUAGGCCAAGCCGAUGCCGCCUCCCGCUUUACCAUCCACACCAAGAUCCUUGGUCUGGGAGAUGGGACCCUCGAAGCGGCCCAGGUGCAUGCUAGCAUUGAGGCAUCGUUGAAGGAUCUCCAGACCAACCACGUCGAAACCAUGUUCCUGCACGUACCCGAUCGCCAAACACCAUUCGAAGAGACUGCCAAGGCCAUGGACGCAGCCCAGAAACAGGGCAAGUUCACCAGGUUCGGGCUCUCGAACUUCACCGCCGCGGAAGUGCAGGAGUACAUCGACAUCUGUGAGCGGAAAGGGUACACCAGACCCAGCGUGUAUCAGGGCCACUACAAUGCACUUGUGAGGGGCGGUGAGAAAGAUCUGUUUCCCGUCCUCCGGAAGAACAACAUGUCAUUCUUUGCCUACAGUCCCGCCGCCGGAGGCCUCUUCUCCGCAACCACCACCAGCACCUCAAGAUGGAGCAAAGACAGUCCGAUCGGCCAGCGCUACAACGACAUCUACAGCCACCCGGCGCUCCAGAGCGCCGUGGCCGCCGUCCAGGAAGCUGUCCAGAAGCACGGCAUCGAUGGCCACGCCGCCGCACUGCGCUGGACGCGAUUCCAUAGCGCCUUGGACUCCAAAUAUGGCGAUGGAGUGAUAUUCGGGGUGUCAAAAAUGGAGCAGCUCCACAAAACACUGGACGCUCUGGGUGCCGGACCGCUGCCGGAGGACUUGGCUGAGUUGAUUGGCGCGGUGUACAAGACUGUGGAGGGGCCGGGAGAGCCGGCGUACCAUCUCUAA